UAAAAUAAGUUAUUACAAUGUUCGUGAUAAAACACAAUAUAUUUUGCAAUACCUAAAUUUUACCAACACUACCUCUUCAGAUAAUUCAAAAAUAUGGUGGCCGGUAUUUUAACGAAAGUUUUAUUUUCGUUGGUUUUCAAUAAAGUUCAUUGCGCACAAGGCGGUAGAGACAAUGGUUUUGGUAAUAGUUAUGUAUGGGCAGGAUCGCUGGAGUCUGGCCUACAGAUAGCAACACACCACAAGAAGCCAAUAAUGGUCAUAAUUCAUAAAUCAUGGUGUUCAGCUUGCAAGAAUUUGAAACCAAAGUUCGCGAACUCAACUGAGAUCCAAACAUUGAGCAAACACUUCGUAAUGGUGAACCUAUUGGAUGAAGAGGAGCCAAAAAAUCAUACAUUUUCGCCUGAUGGCACUUAUAUACCUCGAAUACUCUUCAUUUCCCCGAAGGGUUCAGUCGACCAUGACAUUUACAACGAGGAGGGGAGCAGCCAACACAAAUACUUCUACAGUCGACCGGAACAAAUUGCCAAAUCAAUGAGAAAAGUCCUCGACAAAUAUAAGUUUGAACGAUUUGAUGUAUGAUAUUUCUCCUCUCAAAUUUAAAAUAAACAGUACUGAUAGCAGAUAAUAUGAUAGCAAACAUAUUAUAACGUAAAAUUAAACGUUAUAUGACUUCACAAUUGUUGGAUUUAUUAUUCAAAUAUGAUAUGAAUGAAUUGUGUAUCAAAUAUUGAUGAAUCCAUGUUAAAUAUGAAGUAAUUAUCAAGUGCAUACUCACAUCUUCAACGACCGGCUCGACGUACAUCUCCAUGGUGUUGUUGAGAGACGGCAGCGGCAUCGGCGAGGCCGCGGCCGAAGAUCGCCGUGAGACACUGUUGCAGGAACAUUGCGAAACUGAUCGACGAGAGCGGGGAGAUUCUCUACGGUAGAAAUAUACGAGAUUAAUUAAAAUAUAAAAUCAGUCCUUU